GUUGUAACAUUCAACUAGUGGGCUCGUCGAAGCCAAACGACGUCGCGAUGACUAAAAAGGAUAAAACCAAAUCGUCCAGGCAUAUCAAUUGUGAGAUUCGGUACGAAAACAAUCCUCUGGCAGUAUAUCGACCUGGAGAUACAGUCAACGGGAUUGUUGAACUUACACUUGGAAAAAUCAAAAAGUUUAGAGGUGUCUGCCUCCGGAUCAAUGGAUUUGCGUACACACAUUGGAAUGCCAAAGUGAAAAAUGGCUCGACGAACAACAAAAAACGUAAUACCAGUUUCAAUGGACGCGAAGAUUACUUCAACACCAUCAAUUACCUGGUCGGUUCGGACGUUGGAAACCCAUUGGAAGUUGCUGAAGGUUCUUACAGCUAUCCGUUUUCGUGUGUGAUUCCGCCCAACGCGCCUGCAUCCAUGGAGGGUAAAUGUGGCCACAUUCGGUAUCUGGUUAAGCUAACUCUUGAACGACCCUGGAAGCAUGACAUCGUUUAUCAAGCACCAUUCACGGUAAGAGGAGAAUCUGAUUUGAACUUAUUGUCAGGAACGCUUUCGCUUCCUACCAAAGCGGAAACAGUAACCUCAUUCUACUUCGGCCUAACCGAACCGUUGAUAGUAACGGCCAUGACUCCACGAUCAGGCUACGCAUCGGGAGAAGUUAUAGAACUUGUUAUACACGUCAACAAUCAAAGUAGUGUCGAUGUUAAAACCAUUAUGAUUAAACUACAGCGAGUUGACACCUAUGUUAGUCAGGUUCCGUGGACCGAACAUUUCAUCGAAAACACAAUUCUGGAAGAACGAAACACCGGAAAAAUUGGGCGGAGACGCGAUGCCCGUUUCGAAGAAAACAUUAUAAUUGGAGGAGGUGUCCCCACCAAUGACAGUUUGUGCCGAAUAAUUUACACGAAAUAUGAAAUCGAAAUCGUAGUCCAUCCCAUUCGGUCACGAAAACGGCCAACACUGCGAUUACCGAUAGUUCUCGGAUCGGUUGGACUGGAAAGCAGUAACGUCUAUCCAGAAUUGGUCAUUGAAAAACAGCGAGAGGCUCUAGCAGAAUACGUUCCAUCAGCUACUCCGGAGCUAGCAUCCGAUCAAGGGACCAAUUCUCCUCCUGCAUACAUCGAGAUUACGCGAAAUACGCCCGGUACAUCACGGGCCUACUCAGUGACGUCUAAUCUGACACUGGACGAGCCGACAGAACACGAAAGUGAGAAGGGGUCGGCACCAUACACGCCAAGGGAUUAUUGAUAUUAUGGUAGAAAGUAAAAUGUAUUUUUAGAAUAUAAUAAAUAUAAAUAUUCAAUAUGUUUACGAGAAAAAGUAAAUCAAAAGUUC